AUGGCACCACGCGAAGACCUUGUCUCGUCCGCUGUCACCUUCCUUCAAGAUCCUUCGGUCGCGUCCGCUCCUCUAGACAAAAGGAUUGAGUUCUUGAAGUCGAAGAAUCUAACGCAGGAAGAGAUCGACUUGUCUCUGGCGCGAGCCGCCAACGACCCUUCUCAACCGGCCCCUCCACCAAAUGCUCCCUCUUAUCCGUCUGCUCAACAGAUCCGAGGACCGCCGGGUCCAAGAUAUCCAUAUCCUUACAACCCAUAUGGUGAAUGGCAACCACCUCCACCUCCAGAGCCUCCGAGACGAGACUGGCGGGAUUGGUUCAUCAUGGCCACGGUUGUCGGUGGUGCCAGCUACGGCCUCUACGUACUGGCGCAGAGAUACAUUAAGCCACUGAUCGCACCGCCAACACCACCACAACUAGAACAAGAUAAGGCUGCCAUUGACGAGCAGUUCAACAAGGCAUUUGCACUGCUCGACACAUUAUCAUCAGACACUGCGGCUCUGAAGGAGGCGGAAGAAGCUCGGACAGAAAGGCUGGAUCAUGCCAUCACCGAUAUCGAGACCGUCGUGGCGGAGCUGAAGGCGGCGAACAUGAGACGGGAAGAUGACGCGCGACGGAUGGAAGCCGAGAUUAAGACCAUGAAGGACAGUCUGCCCAGGUCGAUCGACAGUGUCAGGGAUGCGAGCGAGAGGCAAUUGAAAGAGCUCAGCACUGAAUUGGGUAGCUUGAAGAUGCUGAUGGGAAAUCGCAUGGGUGGAUCUAGCAGUUUGGGAGUGGCCGGUCAGGGAAUCCCUCGUACGCAGCCCGGUACCCUCCCAAGUACAAACAAUACAGCAGCGACCCCAUCGACCGAGACCGGACCGAGCAGCAGCGGCAGUAACGUCAAUGGACCGCGACCAACCCCAUCUUUCACAAACCCCACGACUUCACAUCCCCCGUCUGCGUCGGUGCCUGCUUCGACGGCCGCUUCUCGGCCCGCAUCCGCAUCAGCAUUUGCGACAUCCGGCAGCAAAGCGGUCAUUCCGGCAUGGCAGAUGGCGGCAGCCAGCAAGCCCAAGGACUUCAACAUUGCGCCGGCCACUGGUGCACCGACCACGAAUGGUUCUGCCAAUACUCCUCAGCCCGAUGGAGCAGAGGCCGUUGCCGCUCUUACGGCGAGUUAA